GGCGAGUUCAUCAACUCACAACCAGUAUUGAAGCAUAUUCUAAAACCAUAUUUUUAUCACAAAACCGUAUAAAUUACUUCGAAUGCAAUAAAGGACCUGAAGAAUAAAGUAUAGAGUUGAACAUAGAGUUCCUAAAACAAGAAUUGCUUCAAUUAGAAAUCGGCGACUUCAGUUUCGGCUAUGGAAGAAUCGGGACGGCGACUCCAGCAACGUGCUGCUGAAGAUAGAAAUUCAAGAGACUCCGAUCGACCGCGUAGAAACAGUAUACAUCAUGAAUAUGCGAGUUCUUCUUCGAAUCUCGGUUCAAGUAAUGGAGCUAAUAGUGAAGGUGCAGGAUCCGUUGUGGACCGCUCAGUAGGAACCGAUCAAACGAAUAUACAAAUUUCACCGACAAAAAAACGAAUCCGUGGAAAUGACGGAGAUAGGUUCAUACCAACUCGAGGGUCUUCCUCUUCUGAGUUAUGGACCAGCUUCUCCGCGUUUGACCCUCCACAGACUCCCGGCAAGCGUCGUACAUCUCUUGCUGAUACUAAUUUCACAAAUCUGUUACAUUCGGAGUUGUUUGGAGAUUCGGACGCAUCGCCGUCAUCCGUUGCUAUGGCAAAAACGCCCAGUACAUCUAACUUGAAUUCAUCGAUGGCGAAUUACGAUACGGGCCCUGGACCGGCUACAUUACAAACACCUCCAUCCUCUACAUUUUCCUCUUCUUCUUCUGCCUUACAAACGACUCCUAUUACUCCGUCCAGAAAAGUGUUUCAAUUUAUGUCCCCGCGGGAACGUAACAAUUCGCCAUAUAAGAGAAAGCUACUUUUUCAGGAUGAUCCCAAUCGUACAAAGUAUUCUUUAUCGCCCGUCCGAUCGUUGACUCGAGAUUUUGUUGCUGCUGGACAGCAAGAGAAACGAAAACUCCCAACUUUACCGUACAAAGUGCUGGACGCUCCUAAUCUUGCUGAUGACUAUUAUUUAAAUCUUCUUGACUGGGGUCAAUGUAAUGUUUUAGCUAUAGCUUUGGGUUCACGCGUAUACCUUUGGUCUCCAGUAACCAGCGAAGUAAAAGUCAUGCACAACUUUUGGCCGUCCGAUACAGUUACUUCUUUAAAAUGGGUUCAACGGGGAACACACCUUGCUGUCGGCACGAAUAAUGGAAUGGUGGAAAUAUGGGAUGCUGAAGCUUGUAAGAAAACUCGGACUAUGGCAGGACAUAGUCUCCGUGUUGGUGCCCUUGCUUGGAAUGAUCAUGUCUUGAGUAGUGGUGGACGUGAUAAUACUAUAUUGCACCGUGAUGUUAGGGAAUCCGAACAUUACUUUCGAACUCUCCGAUCUCACCGUCAGGAGAUUUGUAACUUGGAUUGGAGCUCGUCAGAUAAUCAACUGGCUUCAGGUGGAAACGAUAAUGCUUUAUAUGUAUGGGACAAAUUUAGCGACGUUCCAUUGUAUUCGUUUCACAAUCAUGUAGCCGCUGUUAGGGCUCUAAGUUGGAGUACUCAUCAACGCGGAAUUUUAGCCUCGGGUGGUGGUACUGCUGAUCAAACCAUAAAGAUUUGGAACACACACAGAGGUUCAAUGUUACAUGAUAUUAACACGGGAUCUCAAGUCUGUAGUCUCCAGUGGUCAAAGUUAACCAAUGAGAUUGUGUCCACCCAUGGUUUCGUUGAAAAUGAAAUUGCUAUAUGGAACUAUCCAAAAAUUUCUCGGGUUGGUACCUUAAAGGGGCACACAAAUCGUGUGUUGUUCUUGUCUAUGUCUCCAGAUGGUGAAAAUGUUGUUACCGGUGCUGCUGACGAGACCUUGCGUUUUUGGAAACUUUUCGAUUCAAAAGCGAAUAUGUCGUAUAGAGGUUCACCUUUUGAUCCUAUCAUGAAAAUUCGUUAAAGCAUGCAUCUUUACCUGUAUUAAUGUUUUUCAAACUUAUCGUUCGGACAAUUAAUAAGGUCUGCUCUCAUAGCAGACUUGUUAUCUUCUGAAUUUUUUUAUUUAACAUGCUUUAUAUCCAUGUUCAUGACACUCGUUGACGGCUGAUCUAUAAAAUUUAAUCCUAAAUACGCUAUCUAAUCUUUUUUAUCUGAUUGCCCUCUUUUGUGAAAAGGUUUUGUUUAAUUCUGGUAUGGACCGUUUUCCAUUAAUCCUUGUCUUUACAGUUACUUUGAUUUUUCUGAGGUUGAACUUUUCAAUUAUGUUGUUUUGAACAUAGAUUAUGUUUCUCUUUUUUAAUAUUCUAUGAUUUUGAUGCUUUCUUUUGGACGACACAAGCUACUUUGGCUCACCGUACGUCUUUCUCUCCUUAUUUUUAAUAUGACUUGAUUUUGAAUUCGUGUACAUUAGUUUAGUACUAUAAAUUUUUGAUUUAAUGAUAGCAUUUUCAAUUAAUUCGUAAAUCAUAAAGUGUCAAGCAUGAUAAUGGGAUUGGUGUUGACUUUCGAAGCAAAAACAAUCUUACAUGGUAGAUAAAAUGGAUGGCGCUUUGCAGCAAAUGAAAAAUUUGAUAAAAACGAACAUAUCUUGACUGGUGUCAUAUAGAAAUG